AUGCAUACAUUCUCAUUCUUCAUUGUUCUUCUAAUCUUCAUCUUUUUCAACGUUGUCACCGCGACACAAUCACAACAAUCUUUGUCACCACCACCUCCACAUGGCAAAAGUCACCACGGUCAUCAUGGUCACCACCGUUGCAAUGCUGCAAAAUUCUUUGGAUACGUUAGGACAAGCCCCACGGCGUUUUUGAAUAACCAAACUGAAUUAAUUAAUGAGUUCCUACACGCGCACAAUUGGGUGAGAAGUGAAUACAAAUUACCGGCAUUGAAGUGGGACGAAAAUCUCGCGAGUUUCGCGCGAAAAUAUCUUAUGGAACGUUAUAACGAUUGUAAAUUGGUUCAUUCUACUGCUAAUUAUGGUGAGAACAUGUUUUGGGGAAAGAAGUUGCAUUGGACACCUUCUGAUGCGGUUUAUUAUUGGUACAAGGAGAAGACUUGGUAUAGUUUCGAAACCCUUAAGUGUGAGCCUCCACCAAAGAUGUGUGAGCAUUUUACGCAGAUUGUGUGGAGGGAUUCGACGCAUGUUGGAUGUGCCUUGCAACAUUGCAAGAACAACGGUACUGGCAUGCUCAUCGCGUGCGAGUAUAAUCCAGCGGGUAAUUAUGUCAAUGAGAAUCCUCUUGUUCAUGCAGCUAAGUAA